GCGGGAACUGACCUCAUGUCCAAGGUGAGGACCCACUGCGCCAUCUGUCCAUCUGUCCGUUUUUGCGUGUCUCUUCUGGACUAGCCUCACCCUCUCCCUCCAGUCUGUCUGUCUGUCCAUGGAGUUUACUCCUUACCUUUACUCAUGUUUAGACUACAUUGCUCCUAAAAGACUAAUAAAGUUUCCCUAAGUCCAACAACAACGAAAGACCCCAGGUCUGAGGGAGAAGUUGGGGUCCCCUGGGUGUGAGGGAGCAGGGGCUGGGGGACCCCUUCCUUGCAGAGGGCUGGGGGAGUGGUCAGGGCGGGGCCCGGGGCCGGGAGGGGAGUGUCCCGCUCCUGCGGACUGGCCUCCCUGGCAUGGGCUCCGGUGCCCGCACUGACCACAGCGGGCAGUGGAGGGUCAGGCAGCCUCGGACAGGGAGCGGCCUCAGGUCCCAGCCCGCAGUCCGGCAUCGGAGGAGAGAUGCCUGACAAACCAUCUGUGGAGACAAAGGAGGAGGCGGGGGCCGCAGAGAAUGGUGCUGAGGAGGACCUGGGGGGGCUGACGCCCGAGGAGCUUCGGCAGGGCCAGGAGGCCGCCCUGGCGCUGGAAGGCAUGAUGGCCCUGAGCACGCAGUCGCUGGUGCAAGCCGAGGUGGAGGACCUGUACCAGCUCGAGCGGCCCCUGGGCCAAGGCCGCUACGGCCGGGUGCUUCUGGUCACCCACCGCCAGAAAGGCACAUUUCUGGCCCUGAAGCAGCUCCCCAAGGCCUCCACCUCCCUGCGCAGCUUCCUGCAGGAGUUCUGUGUGGGGCUCUGGCUGGGCUCGCACCCCGGCAUCGUGGCAGCCUACGGCAUCGGCCUGGAGUCAGCUGACUCUUACAGUUUCCUGACUGAGCCCGUGCUGCAUGGGGAUCUCAUCUCCUUCAUCAAGCCCAAGGUGGGGCUCCCCCCGGGCGCGGCUCCCCGCGUGGCGGCCCAGCUGGCCGGCGCCCUGGAGCACCUGCACGGCCUCGGCCUGGUCUACCGGGACCUCAAGCCCGAGAACGUGCUGGUGUGCGACGCCGCCUGCCGCCGGGUCAAGCUGGCCGACUUCGGGCACACGCGGCCGCGGGGGACCCUGCUGCGCCUGGCCGGGCCGCCCCUGCCCUACACGGCGCCCGAGCUGUGCGCGCCGCCGCCGCUGCCCGCCGGGCUGCCCAUCCGGCCCGGCCUGGACGCCUGGGCGCUGGGCGUGCUCCUCUUCUGCGGCCUCACCGGCUGCUUCCCCUGGGACCGCCCGCUGCCCGACGACCCCUUCUACGGAGACUUCCUGGCCUGGCGCGCCGAGCCCCGCGCCCCCCUGCGCCCCCGGCCCUGGCUCGGCCUGGCGCCCGCCGCAGACGCGCUCCUGGGGGGGCUGCUGGACCCCCGGCCCGGGGACAGGCGCCCCGUGGGCUCGGUCACCGAGUAUCUGGGGCGGCCCUGGCGGCUGCGGGAGGGCGGGGAGGAGGGGGAGGAGGGGGAGGAGGGGGAGGAAGGGGGUGGGGAGAGGGGCGUGGAGGAGGGCGAGUGA